AGCGGGGCUCCUGCGCAGGACCCGGUAGCAAAGCUACGGAGAAGCUCCGGAAACACACGAGCUCUGUUACGGUUCACUCGCCUCCAUGUGUGUCUCUGACGAGACUGCGAAAUUAACCCGAACAUAAAAUUGUUGUCUCCUCUGGCAGAAGAGCGAGGUAGAACAUUUAGCAUUUUGACGCUGGGGGACCGACACGGACAUGGCGACGUCGAGCUCCUGUGUUGUGAUUAGCGAUGAGGAGCAGGGUUACGACUUGGAUCUUUUCUGUAUACCCAAGCACUAUGCUGCCGACUUGGAGAAGGUUUAUAUUCCUCACGGACUCAUCUUGGACAGGACAGAGAGGCUGGCGAGGGAGAUCAUGAAGGAAAUGGGGGGUCACCACAUUGUGGCCCUUUGCGUUCUUAAGGGGGGUUACAAGUUUUUUGCAGACCUGCUGGACUACAUCAAAGCCCUGAACAGGAACAGUGACCGCUCCAUCCCCAUGACAGUGGACUUCAUUCGCCUCAAGAGUUACUGUAAUGACCAGUCGACCGGUGAAAUCAAAGUGAUUGGAGGAGACGAUCUGUCAACUCUGACAGGAAAGAACGUCCUAAUUGUGGAGGAUAUAAUUGACACAGGCAAGACUAUGAAGACGUUAUUGCAGCUGCUCAAACAGUACAAUCCCAAAAUGGUUAAAGUAGCAAGUUUGCUGGUGAAGAGAACACCGAGGAGUGUCGGCUACCGACCGGACUUUGUAGGAUUUGAGGUCCCUGAUAAAUUUGUGGUGGGAUACGCUUUAGACUACAACGAGUACUUCAGAGACCUGAACCACAUCUGCGUGAUUAGUGAAACGGGGAAGGAGAAGUACAAGGCAUGAGAAGCACUUCAGUACACUUUUUUUUGUUUUUUUAAUGUUUGGUAAAAAAAAAAUUUCCCCUUUGCAAUUCAUUUUGUAUUUGAUUAUUUCAUGUUGUGUCAUAAUGAAAUGCUGAGCCUGCUCAAGGUCCCACCGAGGCGGUGGUCCUGCCGCUCUGUUUCCUUUGCCGCGCACCUGCACGAUUGCCUUACGAUAGAAACGAGCCCACCACAAAUUAGUACGACGCUUUUAUGUUCCCACACUGACAUUUUUUAAUGCUUUUUUUUUUUUUUUUUAAUUGAGUAAUUUAUUCAGGGAAAUGCUGCUAGCGUAAAUGUUAACAAUUGAGCUACCAAAAGAUUUUCAGCCUCCUAUUUUAAAAGAAACACACACACAAAAAAAAGAAACCUUCUGCAGCCAUUUGGUUUGCGCUCUUACAGAGUACAAAAUAUUUCUGGAACAUUUUAUUAUUUUUGUCCAUCUUGGACAAAAACCUGAACUCUUCUUUGGUUACUGGCAUACGUGCGAAGACUUUCUUUGAAAUGUUUGUUGUUGUAGUGACUCCUAAAUGUUUGCUGUUGUCCCCAGUGGGCAUGCUAAAGAUUAAAAAUCCCUCUGUUGGACUGUAAAAUACGUCUCCAUAUACUCCCAGUAAUUCUUUUAAUUUUUUAAUAGAUGGGGAGCCUUUAAAUACUACGAAGCAUCCUAAGUUUACAGGUGAAAAAAUGAUGAGUUGCUUCCGGGGGUGAGUGUUGAGGGGUUAAACAGGGUUUGAGAUUGUGUUUGUUUGGUUCACAUCACAAUAAACGCUCUUGUUCACUUUCUGUAGUCCUGAACAUUUCCGCACAGACAAUUAAAUGUUUUCACCCCUCGUGUGA